AUGAACCCCAGUAAAGAAUUUGCGACUUACGAAUAUCAUAACAAUAACCAACCCAACCAGUUCCAAUUUGCAAUGCACGACAAAGGAGUACUUCCAAAGAGAAUAAUAGUGGUCCGUCACGGUGAAUCACAAGGAAACUUAGAUCCCGGCGCCUACACAGUAACACCGGACCACAAGAUCCCGUUAACACCACAAGGCGUCGCGCAAGCGCGUCUCGUCGGUUCCAAAAUCCGCCACGUCAUCGCUUCUUCAUCUUCUUCCCCUGAUUGGCGUGUUUUCUUCUACGCCUCGCCGUAUGCUCGCACUCAAUCUACUCUCCUUGAACUCGCUCGAUCUUUCUCCAAGAAGCGUGUUAUUGGUGUGAGAGAAGAGUGUCGCAUUCGUGAACAGGAUUUCGGGAAUUUUCAGGUUCAGGAACGGAUGAACGCGAUUAAGGAGACGCGGCAGCGGUUUGGGAGAUUCUUUUAUCGGUUUCCGGAGGGAGAAUCCGCCGCCGACGUUUUCGAUCGUGUUUCGAGUUUUCUUGAAUCUCUAUGGAGGGACAUUGACAUGAACAGGCUUAAUCAUAACCCUUCGAACGAUUUGAAUCUUAUAAUUGUGUCACAUGGGGUGGCUUCUCGAGUUUUCCUUAUGAGGUGGUUUCGGUGGACAGUUGAACAAUUUGAACUUCUCAACAAUUUUGAAAAUAGUGAGUUCCGCGUGAUGCAGUUGGGGAGCGGUGGAGAGUAUAGCUUGGCAGUUCAUCAUACAGAAGAAGAACUGCAUGAAUGGGGGCUCUCUCCUGAAAUGAUAGCAGAUCAGAAAUGGCGAGCCAAUGGCCACAAGAGUCCCUCAAAUGAUCAAAGCCUCCGCUACCUCGAAGCAUUUUUCGAUCUCCUUCCUGAUUCUGACGACGAGGUUGUGGACACUGAAGAUAAAGAAUUCUUUGAGUGCGUGUAG